CGGACUCCUCUCCUCCAUUCCAUUCCAUUCCCCUCCCCUUCAUCUUCUUGUAGCCACCGAGCGACCGAGCAGCGGCGAUUUGCAUUUCAUCUCAGAAUUCAGGCGGUGUUCUUGUCUAGGGGAAGAAGAAGAGGGGUUUCUUGGCGUUGAUGUCGAUGGCGCAGGUGUGCUGUGACUCGGCCUCGUCGGCGGUGGUGGUCGGGGCGGAGGCAGAGGCCAGGGCCAGGGCGCGCGCCGGGAGGCGCCGCAGAGCCGGGGACGCGGCGGCCAGGUGGAAGGUCACCGCGGAGGCGCCGCAGGGCGCCGAGGAGGCCGCGGCCACCAGGAAGCGCCGCGCGGCCGGGGGCGAGGGGGUGGCCGCGAAACGCCACGGGUUCACGUCGGUCGCCGGACGCAGGAGGGAGAUGGAGGACGCCGUCUCCAUACGGGAGGCCUUCACCGCCCCGGCCGAGGAGGGGAAGCCCCGGCGCGACUUCUACGGGGUCUUCGACGGGCACGGCUGCUCGCACGUGGCGGACGCGUGCCGGGAGCGGAUGCACGAGCUCGUCGCCGAGGAGCUCGCCGGCGCGGCACAGCCCGAGUCCUGGACCGGCGCAAUGGAGCGCAGCUUCGCGAGGAUGGACGCCGAGGUGACCGCCAGCGGGGGCGGCGACAGCGCCAGCUGCCGCUGCGAGGCCAACAAGUGCGACCACGUGGGGUCCACGGCCGUGGUGGCCGUCGUGGGGGAGCGGCGCGUCCUGGUGGCCAACUGCGGCGACUCCCGCGCCGUGCUCUGCCGCGACGGCGCGCCGGUCGUCCUCUCCUCCGACCACAAGCCCGACAGGCCGGACGAGCUGGAGAGGAUCGAGGCGGCCGGCGGCCGCGUCAUAUUCUGGGAGGGCGCGAGGGUGCUGGGCGUUCUGGCCAUGUCGCGCGCCAUCGGCGACGGCUACCUGAAGCCGUACGUGACGGCGGUCCCGGAGGUGACGGUGACCGACAGGGCGGCCGGCGACGAGUGCCUGAUCCUAGCCAGCGACGGGCUGUGGGACGUGGUCACCAACGAGACAGCCUGCGAGGUGGCGCGAGCCUGCCUCCGGAGGGGCAGAGACAGGUGGUGCGCCGAGGCGGCGGCCAUGCUCACCAAGCUGGCGCUGACGAAGAACAGCUCGGACAACAUCUCCGUUGUCGUCGUCGAUCUCCGGCCAAGGAAUCAUUUGUAGGAGCGCGACUGGCUGCCGUGAUCUUCCAUUGCAACAAUCGUAGUAUAGUAGUAACAGUAGGGUCAAUCCAAAACUAGCUCUAUAGUGAUUCUACUGAUUGUUUCUCUUCUUCAAAAUUCAUUAUUUUUUCUUUUUGCAAUAUUUCUCCCUGGAUCAAGUUCAGUGGAGUACAUAGAUUAUGGUGGGGUUGAGGAAAGAAAUAACAAUUGGUGUAACCAAGUUCGAUCCUGAAAUUGAAACUGAAGUUCAGUUCAUCAGAAGGAA